AUGAAGAAGGGAUUCUUGGCGGCCAGGCCUGAUGUCAAAGCCCGUGGAGCUCGCAAGACUGCGACCCCACUCGAGCCAAUCGGAUGCACCGACCAGAGGUAUGCUUCCCCUGCUUCAUGUUCUCAGCGCGAGGACUUGAACUUGAACAGUGUCCUUAAAGCAGCGAAGAGGCUUCUGGCUUCAGGGCACGUGUCUGCUGCUUCACGAGCGACAGCUUGUGCACGCAAGCUUCAGUCCGAAAAUGAUCCUCUAGCGCUGACUGAAGUGCUGUCGGCACUUGAGGCUUGCGAUGAGAAGGAGAAGGAUGUUGCUAAGCGCGCUAUGUUGCUAAUGGAUCGUUCAGACCCUCCGAUCGAUGCACUACUGGAGCUUUUGAGGCAUGGUGUUGAAGGAGAAGUUUGGGAUCAUUUGCACCCAGCUUUGGAGCGAAGUCUCGGCCAUUUUACGACGAUGCUCCAGGAAGUUGGGCUUCUUUCAGAAGAUAGCCUCUUGCUGCAGCCGCAACAGCAGCAAACAGGGCAGACAAAGCAGGUCUAUGUGUUGGCAUCUAUGCGGGAAUAUGGAGGUACUUGGGUUGAUAUUCCAUGUUCAUCUGCGGACCCAGAGAGCAUUGCAGCACAGGCUGCAGGAAUCACAGCCUUUUCGCCUGGUACAACAGCUGGAAAGGAAGAUGGGUAUCAUCAAGGUACCCGGACAUCAAGUAACAGAGGAUUGUCCUGGCGGGUAGUUCAAAGUUCUGCUUGGCCGUCGUGUGAGAUACUGUCGCCUGACAGCGGAAAUUGGGCUGUGCUUUGCAGCGGCGAUUGGGUGGAGAUGGUUGAAGAUCCUGAUGAAGAUGACGCAGGCAGCUGUGCGCACAGUGGCCCUUGGCCAGCGAUGCGCUGUGCUGCCGAAUUCUUGCAUGGCACGUUACCCAGGCCGAGUUGUGAGCAUGCCCCAACUGAUGCAUGCGGUGGUCAAGUGUGUGGCUGUACCUUUGACACCGCAACUAGCUAUGCCAGCAGAAAUCCCCAAACAGUGAGAGGCCGUGAAUGA